AAGUUCUCGAGUUUCAGGGACACCGGCUAGUGGGUGUCAGGACAAGGAGGAGGAGGAGGAAACCACGCUGAAGGUGGAACAUUGCCGCAAAAACUGUUUUUUUUCUCUUUCCACAAUGAUAACGCUGCUCUGAGGAGUCUCUCUAGCGCCAUCGCCGCCAUGUUUCGGGUCUUGGCCAGCGCCUCUUUUCCGGCCGCCUGCUGCCAGCCCAAAGUGCCCUAUGACGUCGCCAGCAGACUCGUGCACAGCGCUUCGUACGAUGUGGCGCUGGUGGGGGGCGGCAUCGUGGGCUUGGCUACGGCCAGAGAGCUCAUCCUGCGACAUCCUGCGCUCAGCUUCAUCCUGCUGGAGAAGGAAAAGGAACUUUCCGUCCACCAGAGCGGCCACAACAGCGGCGUGAUCCACAGCGGCAUUUACUACACGCCGGGAUCGCUUAAAGCUCGUUUGUGUGUGCGAGGAGCUUCACUGGCCUACGAGUAUUGUGACAAAAAGGGGCUGCCAUACAAGAAAUGUGGAAAACUUAUUGUGGCGGUGGAGCAAGAAGAAAUCCCUCGACUCCAAGCGUUAUACGAGCGAGGACAGAAAAACAAUGUUCCUGGCCUCAGCAUUGUGGACGCCAAAGGGAUUCGAGAGCGAGAACCGUUUUGCAGGGGUAUCAUGGCGCUGGACUCGCCCCACACUGGCAUCGUGGACUGGAGGCAGGUGGCGCUGCAAUACGGCAAAGACUUCGAAGAGGCGGGUGGCAAAGUGCGGACUCAGUAUGAAGUGAGCGACAUCUCCGCGGUCAAGGAGAGUCCAGCAGGGGGCGCUGAAGGACUAAAAUAUCCAAUUGCCAUCAAAGACAAGAAGGGCAGCGAGGUGCGUUGCCGCUACGUGUUGACCUGCGGCGGUCUCUACUCAGACCGCCUGUCGCAGAUUUCCGGCUGCAGUCGGGAGCCGCGGAUUGUUCCUUUCAGAGGCGACUAUCUGGUCCUGAAGCCUGAGAAACACCACCUGGUCAAAGGCAACAUCUACCCUGUGCCCGAUCCCCGCUUCCCCUUCCUGGGGGUCCACUUCACGCCGCGUAUGGACGGCAACAUUUGGCUCGGCCCCAACGCCGUGCUGGCCUUCAAGAGGGAAGGCUACAAAGUCUACGACGUCAACGUGAGGGACAUGGCCGACGCCCUCUCCUUCAGAGGUCUUCAGAAGUUGGUGCUGAGGAACAUCGCGUACGGCGUGGGAGAGAUGUACCGAGGCAUCUUCAUCGGCGCCCAGGUCAAACUCCUGCAGAAAUAUAUUCCGGAAAUUUCUUCGAGCGACGUUCUCAGGGGUCCGUCCGGGGUCCGUGCUCAGGCGCUGGACCGCGACGGCAACCUGGUGGACGACUUUGUGUUCGACGGUGGCGUGGGCGACGUGGGCAGCAGGGUGCUCCACGUGCGCAACGCCCCCUCGCCCGCCGCCACCUCCUCGCUCGCCAUCGGCGAGAUGAUCGCCGACGAGGUGGAGAGCCGCUUUGCGCUGUGACCUCCACGCCUUCCGCCAAAAAAAACCAACCAAAAAACGCUGUCUGAUCGCCA